AUGGCUCAAGCAACGAACAUCGACCGCUCACAACUUGUGCCACAGCAUUCUGGCGAUCACAUUCUUCCCAACAACCCGCUCUUUGGCAAGUUAAUUCGUCAUGCCCGACGGGAUCGUGUAGCUCUGCGGGAUCGGGGUCUAGGUGUUGAGAAGACCUAUGCUGAGUUGCUUGACGCCGUGCUAGCCUUUCGCAAAGUCGUCGAAGCAUCUUUGUCGUCAAAUACCCGCGCGAGGCUCCGCCGUGGCGAUGAGGUCUACAUCGGGGUCCUGGCCGCUGGUGGCUUUGAGUUCACCGUGGCGACUCUCACGGUUCUGGCGCUGGGCGCUGCAGCCGUGCCGAUGUUCCCGACUGCACCCAUCGACGAGCUCGUCUACUUUAUCACCAAGUCGCAGCAGGUCGCCGUACUCGGCAGCUCGGCAGUGAAGGACACUGCCAAACGUGCAGGCCGACAAGCAGGCAACGUCACCACCAUCGACAUCCUGUCUCAUCUGCCCAAGUCCCCGCGAUUUAGAGCGUUGGACAUUGCAUUGUCUUCAGAUCCCCCUCAAGACGACCGUGCACCGGGAAUUGUCAUCUUCACGUCGGGCACCACUGGCCGGCCGAAAGCCGUUGUCCACCGCCGCACAUACACCCACGAAACGGCCACUUCGAUCGGCGAGGGUUACGACCUUGGCCAUGAGGAUGUGCUCCUCCACUUGUUACCCGUCCACCACACCACGGGGCUUGGCACGUCUUUCUUCCCAUUUCUGUGCGCCGGAGCAUGCAUCGAAUUCGGCGGAGGUGGCAGCUUCGAUGCCGAAUGGGUCUGGGAUCGUUUCUUGCAGGGCGGCCUGACCGUAUUUUCGGCCGUUCCAACCAUUUUCAUGCGGUUGAAAUGGGAUUUCGAGCACAGAAUCGCAAAGUUGCCCCCGAGCGAGGUUGCCCGGUUUGUUACGGCGGCGAACCAGUUCCGACUGUUGUUGAGCGGGUCAAGUGCAUUGCAGGACAAUGUGCAACAAUUUUGGACCGAGCUGCGGGCAGGGACGCCGAUUCUGACGCGGUACGGCGCGACCGAGUUCCCCGGCUGUCUGAAAGUGCCUCUGGAUGCAAACCACAAGUUGCUGUCCAAAGGUUGCGUUGGUCUACCUGUGCCAGGCGUGGAACUGAAGCUGUCGGAAGGCACCCAGGGGGAACUGCUUGUCAAAUCUCCUUAUAUGUUCGCAAAAUAUCUCUAUGAUGCGGAGGCCACCAAGCAUGCACACGAUGAAGAUGGAUGGUUCAAGACAGGCGAUAUCGCCCGACGCGACGGCGAUUUCUACACCAUCGUGGGUCGAGCCUCGGUCGAUAUCAUCAAAUCAGGCGGCUACAAGAUAUCGGCCACAGACAUCGAAAGAGAGUGCCUGAAUCUUCCUUAUGUACAGGAGGCCAUGGUGGUCGGUGUCAGCGACGAAGAAUUUGGCCAACGUGUUGGCGCUGUCAUUGCUGUGAAGCCCCAGGCAGCCAAGUUGACCCUGCAGCAGCUCCGCGCAGAUCUUCGACACUCACUGGCGGGCUACAAGCUUCCCACCAUUCUGCGUGUGGUCAAGGGCGAACUUCCCAAGGGCGUUACUGGUAAGGUGCAGAAGAAGGCUCUGGGACCAGAGCUCAUCCCGUCACCAGGAUAUGAGCUGCUGCCAGAAAUCCAGGUAUGGCGGAGGUCUAAGCAAGGGGUCCAGUUACAGGCAAGACUGUAG